AUGUCCGUCUAUACGGAUGAACAAUCUUUCGGAGCCGGCGAAACGUUGGCCGAUGUUGAAAUGGAGAGACGAGAAGAUGACUAUGGGGAUCAAGAAGGGUUAUUUCCCGGCGAGAAGGAUAAUUUAUCAGCAAAUCAAUCCUCGCGGUCCAGCGAUACGUUGGAUGAUGUUGAGAUGCAAAGGCGAGAAGAUGAUUACGGAGAUCAAGAAGGAUUAUUGUCUGGCGAGAAAGAUAAACCAUCACAAGAGGUCGAAGUCAAAAAGAUAUGGCGUCUGACAAACUUCUCGUGGAUAAUCAUAUCUUUUUUGGCAGUGAUAGGAGCAACAGUCACGAUGAUGAAGAUAGCGUGGGCUUUCAUCCCUAACGAUAGCACGAUAAUUGAUUAUUCAGAGACAACACCCACCGAUUUCCUUCGAACAUAUCAUUGGACCAUAGAAGAUAUCGAAGCAAAUCCAGAUGGAGUUUUCAGACCUAUGAUAACUAUUAACUCCCAAUUUCCUGGUCCAAUGAUUGAAUGUAACGAGGGUGAUACUUUGAUUAUUAACGUUGAUAAUCAAGGUGUUAAUGCUACCUCCAUACAUUUUCAUGGUAUCUUUCAAAAUGGGACGAACCAUAUGGAUGGUACUACAGGCAUCACACAAUGUCCCAUUGCACCAGGCCAUAAAUUUCGAUAUGAGUUCAAUGUCACGGGUCAAUCUGGCACUUACUACUAUCAUGGACAUCAAGCUGUACAGAUCGCUGAUGGCGUGUAUGGACCCUUGGUUAUUCAUUCUAAGAAAGAGAAGACUUUACAGCCAAUUUCGUAUGCUACAGAUCGAGUAGUCAUGCUCCAAGAUUAUUAUCAUGAGCUUAGUAGUGGACUCCUAAUCGAAAAUCUUCAACCUGGAAGCGAAUCUUCACCAAUUCCCGAUGGAGCAUUGAUCAAUGGACUUAACAGUCGAGACUGUUCACUUCUCCCACAUCGAACAUGUGACAACUCGACAACGAGUCUUCCUUCAUUCGAUUUGAUUGAAGAUUCCAAUCAUCGACUACGAUUCAUCAAUACAGGUGCAUUUGCUUGGUUUCAAGUCAGCUUGGACGAACAUGAGUUUGCAAUCACUGAAGUUGAUGGCACAGAUAUCAUGCCAUCUUAUGAGACUCGCAUGAUGAUUGGUCCUGCGCAACGAUACAGUAUGAUCUUGAACACAAACCAGGUUUCAACUGAUGCUUUUUGGCUUCGAGCACGGAUGGUUACUCAUUGUUGGAAAGAACCUGAGAAACCAGCCCAUCCAGCUGAUGAAGUUCGAGCCAUAAUUCGUUAUGUUUCCGAUAAAGAUACACCUAGAAACAUAACCUCUCAACCUACUUCCAAAAAUUGGGAGGAGGCAAUCGAAGUAGAAUGUAGGGACAUGAAUAUUAGCGCCUACAUCCCCACAUCUUUUGAACCAGCUCCUACAAUAGCAGAUCAUAGCUAUUUCCUCCGCGCAAAUCUCGAAAGAAAGUACUGGCGUCUAGAGCGAGGCUACUUCAAUACCUCUACUUUCCGGCCUCGAAUCCAACAUCCAACACUUCAUCGAACCAUUGAUGGUUUCACCACCAACAAUGAAACAUUCACAUCCAUGAGCAGUAUCAAUGGUAAGGAAUACGGAUGGUUAGCUCUUCGAUUCGUGGCGGAUAAUCCGGGUAUUAGGGCUAUACAUUGUCAUAUGAUGUGGCAUGGAGAAGCGGGAAUGGUGAUGCAAUUUGUAGAUCGACUUGACGAAGUGAAGAAAUGGAAGAUUCCUGAAGCAAACCAAAAAUUAUGCGAGGUAGAUAUUGGGGAGUUGGAAAAGGGCGCAGUACCUAAAGAUGAAAUUUGGUUUGGGUUCGAAGAUGAAGAUUGA